AUGCCUGUUCAUUCAUUAACAAGAACGAGGAAGAGAAGCAAGUCAUUUCGUAGCGCUAAAAGCACGAUUACGAGAACGAGAAGUGACAGUAGUAUAAAGAUCGAGAAACGCAUAUUAUACCAUUUCCACGAAUUACCAACAUGGCAACAAGAUAAUGACAAAAUUUUAGGUGGGUACGUCAGAGAGACCAACUCAUUCACUAAAUGUAUCGAAUCGUUGUUUUAUUUGAAUAAUGAAUCAAUCAACAUUUAUUCCCAUUUGAUUCCAUCUCUUAUCUAUCUCACAAUUGCCGUAAUGCUUUUAAUUGAGAUUGAUCAAUUUUUAAAUAUCCCGAUAUACCCAACUACCACAAAGUACGAUUUUAUCUUCAUCAAUAUUUUCCUCGUGGGGGCUUUCCUGUGUCUAUUGGGUAGUGGAUGCUUCCAUCUUUUAAAACAGCAUUCAGAAUUGCAGUGUAAUUUUUGGAGUAGAAUAGAUUACAUGGGUAUUAUUGUACUUAUUUCAUGUUCUAUGAUGCCAGUAUUGUACUACGGAUUUUUCGAUCACAUCGUUUUGUUUUACUGUUUUAUCACAUUAACGUUAGCAUUUGCGUCUGUUUGCUCCAUUAUUGUAAUGAGUGAAACGUUCAAUUUGUCUAAAUACAGGUUAUUAAGAGCUUGUGUGUUUGCUGCUUUCGGUUUCAGUGGAUUGAUUCCUAUGAUAGUCGGUUUCUCUAAAUUCGGGCUCUCAGGUGUUUUCCAAAGAAUAUCACUCAAAUUUAUUUUUUGGGAAUCAGUGUUUUAUCUAGUCGGUGCUACUCUAUAUGGUUUCAGAAUACCUGAAUCGAUCCUACCGGGGAAAUUCGACUUAUUCGGUUCAUCUCAUCAACUUUUUCACUGUUUUGUUGUAAUUGGCUCUGUCCUCCACUUCAAAGCUGUCAUUGAGUCUUAUAUCCUGAUGCAUUCAAGAUAUACGGCCUAA